AUGGUGCCUGAAAUAGCUUUGAAUGGACAAGACUCGCCGAACUGUGAUAUUCAGGGUGAGAGUGGGGAUUCAAAGGCCCUGCUGUUGAAUGAGGAUUCAAAGGCUCUACAGGCGGAUACAAAGCUUAGUUCAUCUGAUUUAAACAACCAGGUAUCUGAGGUCAGCCCUGUUUUAGGGUUUCAAGUAAAAUCUGAUUCUUUUUGUAUUGAUUCUGUCUCAAUUAAUGAAAAGAGUGAACUAAAUGAUAACGUAAUUGAUAACAUAAUUGCUGAUGAUGUCAAACUAGAGCUAGCUGUUAAGCAUGAGAUGGUGCCAUCAUCCAACGAUGUUUUCCUUGAUGGCGGCAAAUCACAUCCGAUGGAUGUUGAAGAGCCACAUGAGAACAAGGUAUCUGCUGAAGAGACAAGUGACAGCAAUACCAAAAGUGCAGAUAUAGGCAAAAAAAAUGAUAGUGGAGGUGUAGGUCCUUCUGAAAAGUUGAAUUUAGAUCGAGGUUCUGGGGAAGAUUCCAUGGAGGAGGACGCAAUGGAGAGUAAACAGAUAGAUUCAAAGUUAAAUUCUGAUGAAGUGGGUUAUAGGGUUGAGAAAAUUGAAGGGCCUAUUAUGGUGAAGGAAGGCACUCUUGAUGUUAUUGGGGAUGAUUUACCUGCUGACGAGAGAAACACUGAUGUUGAAAGUUAG